AUGAACAAGAUCCAUGUAAUAUUUAUUCAUGGGGUGUGUUUCUUGACACAGACCUCUCCAUCUGAAGACCUAAACAAGAGACAGCUUUUAUCACCCCAUCGCCUUUCUAUGGAUCAACCUGAGGAACAUUUUCAAAGGCAACGAGCUGUGAGUGCUGUUAGCAUCAUCACCAGUGCCAUGGAAGAGCUUGAGGAAUCCCAACAGAAGUGUCCUCCUUGCUGGAAACAUUUUGCAGUAAAAUUUCUCAUAUGGGAUUGUUGCCCACUAUGGCUCUUGGUCAAGGAGAAAGUCAAGUUCAUCAUUAUGGAUCCUUUCAGCGACCUCACAAUCACCCUUUGCAUUGUGAUGAACACACUCUUCAUGGCCAUGGACCACUACAAGAUGACCAAAGAAUUUGAGGAGGUGCUCAACAUUGGGAAUCUGAUCUUCACUGGGAUUUUUACAACUGAGAUGGUGUUUAAGCUUAUAGCAUUGGAUCCAUAUUACUAUUUUCAGCAAGGCUGGAAUAUUUUUGACAGUAUAAUUGUCACGCUAAGUUUGAUGGAACUAAGUCUUUCCAGCAUGGGAAAUGUGUCCGUGUUACGCUCCUUUAGACUGCUGAGGGUCUUCAAGCUUGCAAAAUCUUGGCCAACAUUAAAUACGCUUAUUAAAAUAAUUGGAAACUCAGUGGGAGCCUUGGGAAAUCUUACCCUUGUUUUAGCCAUCAUCGUCUUCAUUUUUGCCGUAGUCGGGAUGCAGCUCUUUGGGGAAUUCUAUUACAAGAAUGUCACCAAAAUCAGCAGCACUGGACAAUUACCACGCUGGCACAUGAAGGACUUCUUCCAUUCCUUCCUCAUCAUCUUCCGCAUUCUUUGUGGGGAAUGGAUUGAAACCAUGUGGGACUGCAUGAAAGUUGUUGGUCAGCCACUGUGUCUUCUGGUGUUUUUGCUGGUCAUGGUGAUUGGAAAUCUGGUGGUGCUGAACCUGUUUCUUGCCUUAUUGUUGAGCUCGUUUAGUGCUGACAAUCUUUCUGCACCAGAUGAGGAUGGGGAGAUGAACAAUCUGCAGCUUGCCUUUGCACGUAUCAACAGGGGGCUUAACUAUAUCAAGCGUACAAUGUGGGAUUUCUGCUGCAGUGUCCUUCGACAGCCAAAGGCAACUGCUGAAAAGAAAGCUAUAAUGAAGCUGGUGGCCCAGAACCCACCUAUUGUCCACAACUGUAUCAACAACCACACGGCUACUGAGUUUGUCAAAGAAGAGCAGAACCAGAAGGAGAACCACACCAGCAAUGACAGAGCUGAAACAAACAAAGUGGAGCAGCAGGUAGCUGAUGACCACAACAGUGACUUUAUGACCAACCCAAACUUGUCCAUUUGUGUCCCUAUUGCUGUGGGAGAGUCAGAUAUUGAAGAUGAUGAGCAGAGCACAUUCACAGAAACAGACCAGGUAAGUUCCUCCUUAAAGCAAUCCUUGAUGUGGUCAAUGCGCUUUUAG